CUUGAACUUGAACCCCUUCGAAACCAUUCGAAACCGCUUAUAUUGACUCUUUAUUAUUUCUUAGUUCCUACCUUUAGCGACUAUAGUACGUAUACUAAUUGAAGGCUCAAAUUUCGAAAUCUAGACGACUAGCUAUCCUGGAGCGUACAUCUGCGUACAUGCUACGAUCACGGCCUGGGCGACAAGCAGGUGCAUAUAACUGGCCGCACGACUUCUCUCCUGAAACAACUCCCAGCCAGAGGAAUAUAUCAUGGAAAGAACUCGAGGAAUCUCCCAAGCGACUUAUCAUGCGCAGAUCACAUGAGGAUUUCCGAUUUUCUUCGUGGCGAAGAACUAGACGACUUGUUUACAUUCUCUGCAUCGUGACCUGCUGUUUUCUGUUAUUCUGGCUAUUCGCUUCUCGGUACUCUAAUCUUCGCGCUUCAUUACAUCUCUUACGACCUAUCGAGCCUGUAGAGCCUGUCGAGGGCACGGUCGAGGGCACGGUCGAGAAGCCUACAUCUGUCGCCCUGACUCAGGACACCUUUGCGACUACACUUGAUGAACCUCCGUUGAAUGACAACCGCAAAGAAGCUCAUAUUACUGAUACUCGUAAAGUUCCCUGGCCCCCAAUGGUUACCGCGAUUCCCGAAACACGUCCGGAUCCGGAGGCCCUCUACUCUGGUCUAACUGUCUCCUCUGUAGACUCCCAAUUCUGCGGUGUCUCUCCCUGUCGUAUUCUGUUACCACUGUGGAUAGGCGAGCAAGAAUCUCGAUCUCGAAUGCACCUUGUUCAAGUGCUACAACUGGCUCGAGCAUUAAACCGUACCCUGGUCUUGCCGAACGUAGGCCGAAGUAGGAUCGGUGCCUGCGGACGAUGGGACUUCGAGGUCUACUAUGACGUUGGAAGCUUCGUUGGUCCUAAACGAGAAGAAGAUCUGGGUCGUGUCCGCAAAGUUAUGUUGAUGGAUGAUUUCCGAACGUGGUUAGAGAUGCGUCCCACCGGUCCUAAGGGACAACUACUUUUCGUGGACGAGAAAACAGAUGUGGAAGAGGAUGCUUCAAGGGAGAAGGUCCGUGUAAACGGAAGUGAAGCACUUAGUGUCUACGCCGACAAGGACAUUCUGGACCUCGAGGAUCCUCGCUUGCGCAAAGUACGGUGUCUAUCCACAAAAUAUCGACAACUACAAUUGGAUGCGUCCUCUCCUAUGACCGUGCACCUUCCUCCUGUGGAUUCCUUCGGUGGUCAAUUCUUGGCAGACGCCUUCACGCAGGAUGAGACCUUCCUCGCAGCUCGUCGACAAUUUUCCGCUGCUGUCGAAGCCACACCAGAAGUUCUCAUCCUUCACUGGGACACUCGACACUUCCCGUAUCCUCACUUGCUAGAAUCUAUGUCACUCGAUUACUCUUCCAAGGUACACGCUCUCGCUCGCAAACUUGUCCAACCACGCAUACCCUACCUUGCCAUCCACUGGCGGAUGGAAACAGUAAUACCUGCGCUUUUGCCAGACUGUGCCGAAGCUCUGGUCGAUACUGUCGUUGCUCUCCUUUCAGAUCCAAAUCUGGCUUCUGGUAUCAAAACAGUCUGGUUUGCUAGUGACUUCCCUUGGCCUAUCUCCUCUGGAGCUGCCGCCGCCGUCUCUGAUGAUGUACUAAACUCGAGUUCUGACGGAGGACGACAGCAGAACUUGAUGCAAAUCGCCAGUUCUGCUCGACGUUCGAAUACCUUUCGGUCUGUCUCUCACGAACAUAUCGAAGCUAUUGGCAUCUUCACUGCUGCAUUCAGGCAAGGUGGCACUUUGGCAGACUGGAGGCUUACCGGGGUCUCGGAAGAGCUAGAUCGGGUUCGGAAAGAAAUGGAAAGGGAAGGGAAGGGCUACGUAUUGGAAGAGGACGAUGAUGAAGGCGUGCUGUUGGAAGACUCUGGGGUGCUGGGCAUCCUGGAUAAAUUGGCAGCUAUGAACGCCGCGCUAUUCGUCAGUGGGGCGAAGCGUUGUGGUAGAGUCAGUUCCUUCACCAAACAGAUCACGGACCACAGAGGGGCAAAGUCGAAAAAAGACAACGCACCUCGGAAUAUUGCAGAUAUCUUCGGGUAGUGCAGGUCAAUAUCCGUAAUCCCCUCAUAAAGCAGUUGUAGUGAUGCAGCAUAGCAUAAGCGAAUGAAAGGGAAAGAGAAGAAAAUGUGAAUGCUCAUACUACAAUUUUGCGAUGACAGUCGACGAGGAUGCGAGGAGCGAUGUCGUAGCCAUAAGUGAUCAUGAUGUGCCAUGUACCAUAAAAAGUGUGCCUGACCAGCGAAACCCCCGUAACUCUUCUGCCCCUCACAUCCAAGCUGGGAGUGCGAUACAGGAUGCGAUCCCACAACAUGCGAGACAGAGAGUACUUUAAUCCCUGGGAGCUCCCCGACCGACACCAGCAAAUUGUGGCCUGUACUCGCCAGGCGCGCUCUCCUUCUUCCUGUACUCAUCACGGUCGCCACGGGGAGCACGGUAUGCGCCAGCUCCCUCACCAGCGCCACGUACGCCUGCGGGACGAGGAGGACGGGCGGCCUUUUUGUGCGUUGCGGGGACAAUCUC